GACGGUCUCUUACAGGGGGCUUCGCUUUCCCUUCCAGGGCCGCUUUCGGCAAAGAAUCCGAGGUUCUGAUCGGCAAUUUGGGCGACAAACUGAUCCCACACCAGGAGAUCCUGCGCGACGUCAGCGACCUCAAGGCCUUGGCCAACCUGCACGAGAGCCUGGAGUGGCUGGCGGGGCGAACCAAAGCUGCCCUGUCCAGCCUGGCCACGGCCCCAACCACGUCCCCAGGACAGGAGAGCCACAGCAGCUUGGAGCAGCUCCCAGCGUCGGAACAGAUCCUACAGAGCCUCAGUGAGCUGGGCAGGUCCUUCCAGGAGAUGGCGGAACGAUGUCUGCUGGUGCUGCACCUGGAAGUCAGGGUUCACUGCUUCCACUACCUGAUCCCACUGGCCAAGCAGGGCAACUACGCCAUCGUGGCCAACGUGGAGAGCAUGGACUACGACCCGCUGGUGGUGCGGCUCAACAAGGACAUCAGCGCCAUCGAGGAGGCCAUGAGCGCCAGCCUGCAGCAGCACAAGUUCCAGUACAUCUUCGAAGGACUGGGCCACCUCAUCUCCUGCAUCCUCAUCAACGGCGCCCAUUAUUUCAAACGCAUCAGCGAGUCCGGCAUCAAGAAAAUGUGCAGGAACAUCUUCAUCCUGCAGCAGAACCUGACUAACAUCACCAUGUCCCGUGAGGCCGACCUGGACUUUGCCAGACAAUACUACGAGAUGCUCUACAACACGGCGGACGAGCUGCUCAACCUGGUGGUGGACCAAGGAGUAAAAUACACSGAGUUGGAGUACAUUUACGCGCUGACGCUGCUGCACCGCAGCCAGACGGGCGUGGGCGACCAGAGCGCGCAGAACGGGCGACUGCAGCGCCUCAAGGAGAUCAUCUGCGAGCAGGCGGCCAUCAAACAGGCCACCAAGGACAAGAAAAUCACCACC